CUAUCGAAAAGUGUCUUUUCCUGCAAACUUUUGAUCUAAACAAUAAUUUCCACUAAAGUUGUAGUACGAAUUUAUUGUACUUAUCCAAGCUUUUAUUUUCACAAUGGAACGGUCGAAAUCUAUUUUGGGCAAGAAACCCGUGAAGGGCAAGGCUGUUCCACCUGGUGACCUUUUUGCACUUGGAAGCAAAUCUUCACGACAAGGUGAGAGCAGCCUUCAGAAACCAGGAUCGGUUGGCAUUGAGAAAAAGCCCUCUUCCUUCAGUGAUAAUCUCGCUGCUUUGUCAGUAGAUAGAAAGCGUGAGUCAAGUCUUCUAGGCCCAGGGGUUGCCAAGAAACCAAAGCUGCUUUCUGCCGGCCAGACGUUCACCCCGCUCGGCAAGGCAAGUGAGAGAGAGGCUGAGAGGAGACUCUCACCAGUCCCACCAAUCAGCACAGCAUACGAGGAGUCGGCCAUUGAAGUCGAAAAUACAGACUUACUCUCAGAAAUAGGGAGUGCUGAUGAAAGCAAUGAGAUUGAGAGGUUGGAGGGUCUGCUUUGUGGGGCAGUGAAGCACCUGCACCAGAACCGCUCCAAACCAGAUCCAAUUGUUUUCCUCACUUUGAUGCAUCUCGCCAAGUCUAAGCCCAACAUUUUCAACAGGGAACUUGUGAUUGAGGCCUUUUGCACUCUUCUGAGGCGUGAUAUGUCACUGAAUUUCAAGUCUAAGGGCAACCUGAUAGUGUCAGUGCUGGUGUGCAAUGUCUUGAUGCAGGCAUAUGUAGAAGAAAGCAACUGGCCAGAGGACUUUGUGAAAGUGUACAUUGAUGAUGCCCUCGGUGAGCGAGUCUGGGUGGACAGAGCAGACUGCAAGGGCUUUGUUGACAACAUUGUCACAGCAUUCAAAACAAAUAUGCCAAAGACAAACUUAGCCAUGCUGGAUGUUAAACAAGAAUCUGGAUCAGCAAGCCCUGCAGUGAGUUUCAGCGAGGAUGAUGACAGCCGCAUGGAAGUGGACUCUGACAAGUACAGCGCUGCACCUAGCACCAGUCCAAGUGUCCCAGUCUCACCAAGGUAUCCAAAUCAGUUUGACAACAUAGAGUCCUUUGUCAUGGACAUUAUUCGUGACCAGCUGUUGAAACGACAGCUUAUGGACGCAUCUUCAAAAAACUUGAUACGCCUCAUGACAGUGACAUGCGGGUACCAAGAGGUGAGACAGCUGGCUUCCCAGAAAUUGGAGUUGUGGCUACAGAAUCCAAAGCUAGCGCGGGCCUCCCAGGACCUGCUAAUGUCUGUGUGCAUGAACUGUGACAGUCCACAGUUAGGAGACCAGGAGGUGGUAGCAAUGCUGCUCAAAAUCAGGCUGAAAACAAAACCUGUCAUCAAUCAUUAUUUGUUAUGCAUUAGGGAGUUGCUUCUGCAGCAUGCUGAGAACCUGCGCAGUGUGCUCACCCACACCAUCUACAAUGAGCUGUCCACUGCACGCAACCCCAACAAUAUGCCGCUCAUCGCUAUCAUCUUCCAGACACAGACAGACACGGCAGCACGUAUUUUGGCCGAAAUAUUUCAAGAUCUUCUUACCAACAAAGAUGACUAUCUUCGCGCACUACGUGCCCUGCUACGUGAGAUUGUUCGCUCUUUAAGACAUGACUUCCACUGUUCAACAUUCUGUUUGGCAUUAAUGCAACUAAGAACAGAGUCUAAAUUUACAGAUAUGGAGCCUGUGUUCAAGGAGCGGUACCUGGUGUCUGUGACUGACCUGGUGACCAUGUGUGCGCUGCAGGCUGUUACACCAGCAGUCAGGGAGGCCAGCACAGCCCUCACCAGGGGAGACAGGAAAGAUGUUGAUGUCCUGUAUGCCUACCAGCAGCUUGUGGCAACCAUACAGCGUGAUGCCAUCUGGUGGCUGCAUACCAUUGUGCCCAGCUUCAUGGAGCCCAAACAGCAGGACUAUGUGCACUGCAUUCGAAAGGUGCUGUUCUUAGAAAGUGGUGAUAACUAUGCCAAGGAUGGCUGGCCUGCUGAAGCUGACAGGGGACCCAUGAUACGGCUAGCUCAGGACUGUCCAGUGCUGGAGGACACUCUUAUGCGCAUCCUAGUGAUUGGGCUCUCCCGCGACUUUGCUCUCGGACCACCUGAUGCAGUCGAGUUGGCAGACAUCUUGAUCCGACGAGCAGCUAGUUUGCAAUAUGAAGGUCGACAGGUGCUGCAUGUGGCCAGACUGGAGCUGUUUGAUGCCCUGCUCAACCUCUGUUCAUACAGGCACCCAGAGAACAUUGUGUUGCCCUCGGGCUACCAGGCCCCACAGCUGGCCAUCUCAAGUCUGUACUGGAAGGCUUGGAUCAUACUGCUUAUAAUCUCUGCAUUCAACCCGGCAACAUUUGGGUUAUCAGCCUGGGAAAACUAUCCAACUCUGAAAUGCCUGAUAGAGAUGGUGAUGACCAACAACUACAAGUUUCCCCCUCCCACCACGGCAGCUGAUGAUUCCUCCAUAGAGGAAAUCAGGAGCAACGAGAUACAGGUGAGCCAGCGUGAGAAGCAGCAGAUCCUGGAGUUUGAGGGCCACCUUGCAGCCUCCACCACCAAAGUGACCAUCAUCGAGGGCAACAGCCUCCUCAUUGCACAGCUCACCGCCAUGGACCCCAAUGGUCCUGCAAGGAAGCCACCCCAGCAGGUGCUGGACCAGCUUAGAGUCCUCAACGAGUCCCUCAAGAUCGGCCAGAUGCUCUGCAGAAGCCGCAACCCUGACUUUCUGCUUGAUAUCAUUCAGAGACAGGGCACGUCUCAGUCGAUGCCAUGGCUGGCAGAGCUGGUAGAGACAGCGGAGGGCUCUAUGGACGUGCUGCCAGUGCAGUGCCUCUGUGAGUUCCUGCUACAUGACUCUCACGGCCCCCACAACAUAGCUAACACAGCCAAUGACGAGGAGCCAAUUAAGUUUGAAAAACACAAGAAAAAACAGAAGUUGCGCAAGCAGCAGCAGUUUUUGCGGCGGCUGCAGUGGCUGGUACACGAGGGUGGUGCAAACAGCUCCACCAUGCAGGAAGUGAUGGACUACUUCCUCAAGAGGCUUGCCUCCAUGCAGGCUGCCAGUCGCGCCCUGGCAGUCAAGGGCCUGUCACUGAUAAUCUCCAAGUCUGAGUUGUCCCCAAGUGAGGAGAGUCUGUGUGAGAUUACAGACGAGGAACCAGCACAUUCCUGGUUACUUAAACAGCUGCCAUCAUUACCUAUGUUCCCAAGUGUCAAAGAAAAGAUUUGUCUAGCUCUCAGACAGGCUAUCCAGAUUGAGUGUGACUGCAGCUUGGUAAGCGUGUAUGUGAUCUUCCUGUCUAAACACAGUGACGGGCUCGCUCUGCAGAAUCUUGACAGCCUGGCUCUGGAUAUAGCCCACCUUGUUGUGGAGAGAACUCUAGUAAUGCAACAUAUGCUUCCCCAAGACUCUGAUACCAUGGAGCUUACAGCCGGAUUAGAGACACUGGAAGCAUUCUUGAACAUCUAUCUUAAUUAUAUACACAAGGCACGAGAACCAAAUUCAGCUGGAUACACGUGGUCCAACACACAGGACCAGAUCAUGCUGCAGUGGGACACUGGCGAGACAGCCACAAUGCACAUACUGGUAGUCCAUGCUAUUGUUAUCAUCCUGUCAUAUGGACCUGCUCUUGAUAAGAAGUUGUUCCAGGAGUUGCUGGCUGUUUGGUUUCCAGCUAAUGGCAAGAUGCCAACUGCAUAUUUGUUGGAUACAUCCGAAGAGGCACUACUGCUUCCAGAUUUGCUGAAACUUCGAAUGCUCCGCUCUAAUGUUAAACAGCUCAUUGAUGCAGUUCUUGAAGACAUAGAGCCGAAGCAGCUGUUGCUGUUUUUCCAGUCAUUUGGCAUCCCGGUGGGCAGCAUGAGCAGACUGCUGCAGAGGCUUGACCAGGCCGUCUCCACACAUACAGCAGCUAUAGAACAGUUUGUGGGCAACCAUGCCUUCAUGAUGCAAUACAUAGAAGUGCAACGCAAUCGCGGAGCUCAAGGGGGCGAUCAGUUUUAUGCACUUUUGACUGGAGGAAAAAUGCUAAAGGAUUUGACGGGCAAGCCUGAUGUGGAGAUGGCGUGCUCAGACAGUCCACUCUGGCCUGUACACAGACCUCAGGGUAAGGCAGUUCAGCCCAUCUCUGGAUCACAUGUGGCAAACAUGCUUCUACAGGCAUUUGAUACAUCUGGAUCCAACAGCACUGGCGCAGAAACUAACCUUCAAGCUCUUAAACAGGCACUCCUGAAGUCCAAUCAAGGGGUUUUUAAUAUCAUCACUGGUCUUAAUGAGAUUUUAUCAAGCUCCUCAGCUGCAAUACAAUCAUUUCUUUCCUCAAGCAAAUUUUGCAGUUUUCUUGCACUAGUAAUUUCUAGGCAGUCGGUGGCUGGUGUGCAGCCUGUGCUGACUGCUGUCCUGGACAGACUGGCGAGGCUGGGUGAAGGACAGCCCACUCCAAUACUGGUCAUGCUGCACCAGUACAGCCGCAUUAGCAGAGCUCAGUCCACAAUGAAAGUGAACCUCUCUAGUAGUGCACAGUUUGGAAUAGAUGUGAUGAAGUUACCAUUAGAUUCCACUCAGCAAGAAAAGCAGAUUUUGAAGAGCAUGAUGUCAUCAAUGAUGUCAUCACGGAUCACAGAGCACCGUCCUGUAGAGCUGGCUGCAUCUGCUUUGCUGGCGCAUCAGAGCACCACAGAUGGUAACAUAUUACUGCCGUCCACUGCGGCCCUGUUUAUUGAUUGGCUGGAACUGCUAGAUCCUGAGGUGAUCAGAGCUGUUCCAGAAGUGCAAGAGAAGCUCGUGUUCUGUCAGAAGGUGGUGGAGGAGGGAUGUGCAGCACGUGAGGCUCACAUCUGCCAGCCGUACCUGCUGUCCCUGCUCACCCACCAGACCAGCUGGGCCUCCCUCCACACCUGCAUCACCGCACUCCUCGCAGAACACAGCAGACAGUAUGAUCCUACAUUAGUUCUGGAUUUUCUGUGGGCAUGCAUCCAUAUUCCAAAACUCUGGCAGGGCAGAGAGAAAAGAAUUGCUAAGAAUGCCAGCAAAGAAGAUGUUCUGGGAUUAUCAGCUUCUCAAUUGUCAGUACUGGUGAGCUAUGUUGUUCAAGAGGCCUCCUAUUGCCUGUCAGCCAAUCGGAACUUAUCGCCUAAACAUAGACCAACCAAUCAGAUUCCAGUUGCUGUAAAAAGCAGGAUGGAGCUGCUCACAUCAUGCAUUUGUGAUGAUGAUGACAAAAUGAAAGUCAUAGUACAUGAUAUGGAGGAUGGAAUCGAUUCAGACAGUGAGAAAUGCCAGGUGUAUGAGACUCUGCUGUUGGAGCUGUAUGUCCAGUACCCCUACCUGCUAGCCUGGGUGUCCAAGCACAGACUGACCAACACUGACCAGCUGCUGACCACCGACACACUCACACAGAUGGACAUGAUAACACAUCGCCUGAUCACUGGUCUUUACCCUGGCAGGAUGACUGACAAGAUGGCAGAUGUAGAGGUCGCCUGCAGAAAACUGGCUGCCCACCAUCCUCUGUUGGUGUUGAGACAGCUGCCUGCCCUUGCUGCUCUACUGAAGGGGAAGAGCCAGUUCUCAUUUGCCCAGUUCCGCCAGCAGGGCCUGCUCUCUCUGUCUGAGUGUGUUCUCAGCAUCCUGCAGCUCCUAGCUCCUGCCAUUUUCAAACAACACGCUGCCCUUAAUGAUAUUCUCACAGAAUUUUUUAAUGUGCUGCAGGCAUAUAGUAAUGUGCACAUCAAAAAGAUUGGACCUUUUGCUGCAAAGCUAGUCCUUUUCCUUGACCAGUAUGUGAACUGUGACUCCAUAAGGGCUACCAGCGUGCUGCAGAGACAUGUUCAGCUUCUCAUCAACAUAUCCUCUUCCGAUGCCUGAACAGUCAACUUUGAAAUCACUCUUAGCCGGGCUGAGCCUACCCUGGCAGGGAGAGCACACUGCUGAAGGCAGCUCCAUGGAUAGCCCCAUGUUGCCCAGGCAACCACCAUCACCAGGCAUGUCCUCAUCCCA